AUUUAUUUCUCUGUUCAGGACAUUCAAUGGAAAUAAAAUCCUCUCAGGAAAUACAUAUAUAAUCAAAUAUGUUAUGAAGUACCUUUCUCUCAUUAAUUACCCGGAUUUUAGUAUAUGGCAUACUUAUAGUUUAAAAGUGACGAAAGUAGAGUUUUAAGACGUUAUAUAAAUGAUUUUAGAAACAAGCAAACUCUUUAUUAUGAAAAAUGCGCAAAUGGUUUGUUAUUGUCAUUUUUUGUAUUGAAUUUCUGAUAUGGUCAUCUUAUGCAUUUAUCCCAUGCUUAGCAGAGGAAGUAUCUACCAGUCUUCAAACUUUAAGCAAUGAUGAAGUGUGUAAAGUGUGGGACCAAGCACAGGACAGGUGUUUAGAAUGUAAAGAUGGAUUUCAAGAUUUAGAUGAGAACUGUCGUCGACCUUGUCGCUAUCCUAGCUAUGGGAAGGAUUGUCAGAGCCAUUGCAACUGUGCAGAACUAAACUGCGAUUUCAAAAGGGGGUGUGAAGGCAUGUACAUUGAUUUAAAUGUUGAGCAAUGUACAGUAUAAAUUGCGAAAUCCGGUUACAUAGAAAUUGGAAAG